GGAGGAUCUCCUGACAUUCUGAGAGAAGCCAUUUGUAGCAAACGGUUUCAGCAAGAAGGUGUAACACAGGACAGGAACCUUUCAAAAUGUCGAGCUCUUUAGUCGUGUGCGAAGUGGACGACAGUCUGAAAGAAAAACUGAAAAAGUUCAGAUUCCGAAAAGAAACCAACAAUGCAGCCAUACUAAUGAAAAUAGACAUGGAGAAACAACUUGUUAUCCUUGAAGAAGAAUAUGAGGAUAUCUCAUUGGAUGACCUGAGAGACGAGCUGCCAGAGCGCCAACCCAGAUAUAUCGUCUACAGCUACAAAUAUAUCCAUGCCGAUGGGAGGGUGUCUUAUCCGCUCUGUUUCAUUUUCUCAAGCCCAAUGGGGUGUAAGCCAGAGCAGCAAAUGAUGUAUGCAGGCAGCAAGAAUCGACUGGUCCAAGCUGCGGAGCUCACAAAGGUCUUUGAAACCAGAAAUGCUGAUGACCUGACAGAAGAGUGGCUCAAGAACCAGCUGUCAUUUUUCCGCUGAAACUGCAUCUCCUCCAGUUUUCAAACCAAGUUUUUCCAUUUCUAAACAAGACAAUUAAUUUUAUUUCCUUUUUUGUUCUUUUUGAUGAUAAAAUAUUUACUCUUUGCUGCAGUUUUGGCUUGCAAGGCAUUUUAGACCUGACCUGUUACCUUUUAUCCUUUAUUUAAACAAGUUUAAAUAAAAGUAAUGCUUAUUUUAUUUUCUGAAAAUUGCUGUUUUUUCCCCCAACACUGGCAGGUGACUCUAGUGUUUUGAAUCUACAGGUUGUAACCAGAGGUCUGUGUACUGCCCAACAUUAACAUUUUAUCAUUGUAAUUUAAAGAUAAUUGAAGUAAAUUAUAAAGCUUCUACGAUGCAACAAAUA